CCUCAGCCCCGCGCCGCCGACCUGCGCAUCCGGUUCCGCCGCCUCCUCCCGCCCUUCCCGCCGCUACCGAGCGAACGCAGGCACCUCCCCCCUCCACCGCUUUCCUCCCGCCCUCGCGCCCCUUGUCUCUCCCACCCGGCGGCGGCGCGGACAGGGGCAGGGACGGCGCUCUCCGCCUUUCGCUCGACAUAGGAGGAACUCACCAAUUUCAAAAUGUCAUCAGUCAAACGCCUUGUCUAUGCAGUCAUCCAUUUCCUGAGAGAGCAGAGUCAGAUGGAUACUUUCACUCCAGAUGAACAAGAAAGCUUGGAAGUUGCAAUUCAGUGUCUGGAGACUGUGUUUAAGAUUAACCUGGAAGAUACUCAUCUUGCACCUCCACAGCAUUUGAUAGAAAUGUUCACAAAUUCUUUUCAUAAGAAUGACAUGCUGCAUCUCUCAGAUUCUUUACCAGAGGAUGUUGAAAAGGCUGAUCAGCUGAAGGAUGAAGGUAAUAAUCAUAUGAAAGAAGAAAAUUAUUGUGCUGCAGUGGAUUGUUAUACUAGGGCUAUAGAACUGGAUCCAAAAAAUGCAGUCUAUUAUUGCAACAGGGCUGCUGCUCAAAGUAAACUUAAUAACUACAAUGAAGCAAUAAAGGAUUGUGAGAGUGCCAUAGCAAUAGAUCCAAAGUACAGCAAAGCAUAUGGGAGAAUGGGGUUGGCUCUGACCUCAGUGAAUAAAUAUGAAGAAGCAGUUACCAGUUAUCAAAAAGCACUGGAUCUUGAUCCAGAGAAUGACUCUUAUAAAUCAAAUUUGAAAAUAGCAGAACAGAAACUAAGAGACAUGUCCAGUCCUACUGGAACUGGACUGAGUUUUGACAUGGCAAGCUUGAUAAACAAUCCUGCGUUCAUUAGUAUGGCAGCAAGCUUAAUGCAGAAUCCUCAAGUUCAACAACUGAUGUCGGGGAUGAUGUCAAACGCCAUUGGUGGCCCUGCUGCAGGUGUUGGUGGCCUGUCGGAUUUGUCCAGCCUGAUCCAUGCGGGGCAGCAGUUUGCGCAACAGAUACAGCAGCAGAAUCCAGAGCUCAUAGAGCAACUGAGAAAUCACAUCCGGAGCAGAUCUUUCAGUGGCAGCACCGAAGAGCAUUCCUGACUUAAAGGAGGCAUGUGAAUUGGAAUGGUAUAUAACCCCAAAAUGCGUACCAUAGUUAGUAGCAAAAGCACCAUUGUAACUCUUCUGCUUGAAUAGAAGACAGAAAAUUCUUUGUGCGUGUUUGCAAACAAGAAUAAAUCUGUUAAACAGAUCUACUGCACAUAACUUGGAACAUAUCGUUUAUGUAUAGUUAACUCCUGAAAAUUAAUACACUAAUAGGUGGUUUAUUAAAAUCCCUAAGUACAAGUCAUUUUCAGUAUGUGCAUUAGGUUGAUCUCCAGGGCUACUGAGUGAGGAGGAGUUUUGUAAUGGGCUGAUCUUGCAUAACAGCUUAAUUCUGAAAUCCUACUGUAAGUCCUGUUAUGGUAAAAAUCAUUAUGGCUGUACUCCCUGUCAAAUAUUGAAGCAGUAGGCCCUUCUGAUAUGCCCUUUUAUAAAUGAGCAUAAAUUGGUGUUGGAGUAUAGAAUGUACUUAAAACUCAUGCUUGAAAAGUCUGUUUCUUUAAGCCUGUGGAGAGGCUGUCAUUAGUAACAUGAAAUAUUUUUCAACUUCACUGGGCAGGAGGGAGGGAGAUGAUUGCAUACAAUGGAGUACCACAAUUGUUGAGAAAGAGAAGACGCUAGUCCUGAGUAGGAUAAUACACAGAAACCAAGAUGGAACUUGGCUUGUGAAAGGAAAUAGUAUUAAGAAGUUUUAGGCUUUUCUAUUGCCAUGUAUACCUUCAGAUCAUGAUGGCAGCCCUGGAGGUCAGCAUUAUGGCACUAUUUUCCUACGCAUGGCAAACUGUAUUACAUUCUGUAUGUAUGCAGUAUUUAACAUAAGCUUAAAAUUCCUAACUGUAAUAAGCUAAAACUGAUCCUGUGACUGUACAAAUAACUAAUACUGAAAAUUUACAAAAAAUAAUUUGCCUUAGAAAGGAUUCUCUUCCUAUUCUUGUGUGGUAAGUCACUGGCUUAAACAAUUAAUGGUGUUAUUUUUAUUUUUCUUUUAAGUUUCAUUACAUAUAUCUAUGUUAAAGUGAUGGUUAUAUGGCCAAGUUAAAGAUUUUUCCACUCUACAGUAUUUCUAUUCCUAUCCUGGCUUUUCUUGCCCAGUUAAUCUUGCUCUUUCAGAGACCACUGCUUUUCUAUAUUUUUAUUAUGUUAAAUUUUUUAUGCUGCUUACUGUUUACACUGCUUUCCGGUACAAUGUAUGCUUGUUUUUACUCCAGAGAGGUUCUCAACACUCACAUUUUCCUCUUUGUAUAGCAAAACUAAUUUGAGGAGCCUGCUUUGAUUUCUAAGACAGGGUGAUAUCUGCUGGCCAGAUAGACUGGAGAAGGUAUGUGAAGGAUUAACAUUAGACUCUGAAAUGGAGAAAUACACAGGAACUUCUGGACUUCAGAUUUUGUAUCAGAUUCUUCUUGUGGUCAAAAAAGAGCACCUCAAGUAGAAACAAAUGCAAAAUUUGGAGUCAUGUGCUUGAUGUGAGCAAAUGCUAGUUAUACAUCUACUUUAUGAGUCUUCCCCUAUUAAAACGGGGGGAAAUGCAGCUGGAUCCAAGGAGAAAUUAAAAGAAUUGGAGAAAACAAAAAACUAGGAAAUCUGUAUUACCAUCUGUUGAAUAAAGAGGUAAAGCUUAAUACAGCAACUUUAAAACACUGCAUACUUUAUUCAAUAGAGCUUGCCUAUACACAGCAUUAAAAUGCUUCUUUAAAUUCUCUAAGUAAGUUUCCAUACUUGCCUUUCGAGGCUUUAGGGAUACUUAAGCUUUAUAUUAAAAUUAUAUUUCCAAGUAACAGCUUCUGAAUUAACAUCUGAUGACAAAGAAGAGAAUCUCUAACAGCAUCUUUUUUCAGAGGUUGUUCAGAUCCUGAAUCUAAUCCCUUCAAGAAGACUGCUACCUAAGUUCUCUUACAGUUAAUAGGACAGGAUACCAUUUACAAGAAGGAGCAAUGGAAGCUGUAAGUGGGCUAGAACUACUGUACAAACAUUGCUUGGAGUGGCAUGUUGUGUCAGGAGAGAACCACUGCUCCUAGCAUGUCUCCUGGUAAACUUCACGGUUCCUCUUAGUGCUCUCUCUUUCGUAUUUUCAACUGCUCAAAGUGAGUUUUACUAGCUUUGAUAUGGGGAACCAAUAAAUCCAGAGUGGACUGGACAGCACUGCAAUCUCUCUCACACUCAAUUUAUCCUUACUUUGUGACAGCAAUCUUCAUGCUGUCAGUUGCCCUUUAAGACAAAAAAGUGUCAAGAACCUCUUGAGAGUUCCUAAAGAACAGCAAAAUACAAUAGUACUCAAAGACUGGCUGCAGAAGUUGUACUGUCAAGUAAAAUAUAGCUUACUGGAUUUAUGGGAGAACUGUCUCCAGGGUUAAAUGGGAUGAAGCAGUGGUUAGUUACCUGAAAACUACUCUUGAAAUUAUAGAGUGGUAACUUUCCUUUCACAUACUGCAGUAUCGUCAUGUUUAGGUUUAACUCCAGUACAGACAAUAUGUAACCAGAGUAUUUAUUAAAAUAUUGAUGGCAUUAGCUAACCUUUUAGGAAUGUGCUACAACUGGCACACUACUUACUUAACUUGUAAACAUUCUUUGUUUCUUGUAUAUUAACAGAAAGGGCUUUAUAGCCUAAAUGAAAAGCAGUGAAACCAAUAACAGGAGCUGUCAUUACAUGCUUUUCCACUGAAAACAGAAACAAGGGGAUCAUUUAUACUAAAGUCUAUUUUGCCUUGAAUAGGCUAGAUUGUUUCACAGAGUCAUGCAAUAUGUCUUAAUCACAGGGUGAGGAAGGAAUCUUUUCCUGUGUAAUAACUGCACUUUAUUUUGCACUAAAAUUUUUCAUCCUGCUAGAUUGGGUGGUAAACCACAAUCCCUAUAAAUACUGCUUUAAGGUCAACCGCAGUCUAUCAUUCAACUAAGCAAAUAUGCAUUUAACACUGAAUUGGUUUUAUAUCAUUACUGUUCCAUCAGCAUAUAGGUGUGAUAAUUGUUAGAGAAGAAAAUGUCUUGCACUUGAAUUGUAAACUUCUGUAACCUGCUUGCAUGGAAGUAUAUUCUUUAAACUAUGCCUGAUCAUAAAGAAACUUACUGAAAAAUUCAGCUUAGAAAUUGUUUCAGUUGCACGUUUGGUUUUGUAACAAGUCUACAGCUUUGGAUUCAUAUGCUGUUUCAGGGCUACAGAAAGCCAUACUGGCAAAACGCAAUUUGUCUACCAUUUCUGUAUCUCUCCUCCUACCUCUUGUUACCAUACGGUUACAUCUCCUUCAAC